AUGGGUAGAGGACAACAAAGCCAACCUGAUGCUUCAUCAUCUUCAACGGUUCCUAAGAAGAAAAGAAUACGGACGAUAGGUUUUGGUGGUCUCCUGAAGAUUGCUUCUAAAACCCUUCCUGUAGGUUUUGCAGACUGGUUGAUGGCUGAGUGCUAUGAUGCUGAUUCAUCAGAGCUGGUGUUUCUUGGCAGGGGAAGGAUUUUAGUCAAUGCUGAUUCAGUGUGUCGUGCUUUUGGUCUUCCAAACAAUGGUGAUGAAGUUAAGUAUGAGCUUGAUGUUGGUCCGAUCAACUUCAUCAAUGGUGAGUAUGGUAUUGAUGAAGGGACAACACCUACUGUUGAAUCUAUAUUGGAAAGGUUGAAGGAGAAUAAGAUAAGCAAUGAUGAUUUCCUAAGGUCCUGGCUGAUGAUAGCAAUUUCAACAUUCCUAUGUCCUCCAACUGGCUUAGCUAUUAGCCCAAGCUUAAAGACGCAGCAGCCAAAAUGGGCAAAAGAAGAUCUUUUAAGGGAUAUUCUAUAUGUAGACUCGCUUUUGGUUGACAAUGUACAAAUCCCUUCCACCAUGCCUAUAGUUGCAGCAUGGUCAAGGAAAUUGUUGGAUCAAGUCAUCAAGUUAGACACCAACUGUGAUGGCUCAUUUGGGAAGCUUAAGUUGAAAGGAUCAAACUAUUCUACUCCACAGCCUUCAUUGUUCCACAUGGAUGAUAUAAGAAGAUUUGUCUCCUCGAAGGUUCCCAGUGGCAUUUCAGAUCAGCGUAUGGGCAGUUCCAAGCGUCCAAGGGCAAAUCAUUCUAAAGGUGAACCUUCCUCUACACAGAGACACAACAGACCAAAGCGUUCCAAAUUGGAACAAGUUGUACCUUCCUGUGCACAAAGACAGACCAGGGCAAUGAGUAGAAGAGGACAUGUUGCUGAAGAUGAAUCUUUGCGUGAAGAAUCUGAAGAGGAUUUGCUGAGUGAUGAAAAUGGAGAUGGUGACACUGACCAAGAUGAAGAGGAUGAAGAUUCUGAUUUAGAUCAUGAGACUGCGUUUGAUGAUGAUGGCAAUGAAAAUUUGUCCCCUGUACUGGAGGAGGAAGACGAAGGCAUUGAAAAGCAAGAUGAGGAUGAUACUGCUUCUUUGGAAGAACCUAAGUUGGAUGCAACUAGAGUUGACAAGCAAUGUAAUAUGCAGCCACCUGUAGAUUCAUCCACCCAUGUUGAAGCUCAAGUUGAUGACAGUGAAGAUCUUGUCCCACUGAAGGUCCGUUUGGAAAGGUUGCAAGCUUUGAAAGUUAAAGAUAAGAAGAAGGAUACAACAUCUUCUAGUGAACCUCAACAACUGGAGAUUAUUCCUCCAGAACCUACCAUCAAGCCCAAAUCCAAUGCACAAAGAAUGAAGGAAAAGCUUAGGCUCCCCCCAAGUGAUUCACAGGGUGGACCUAGCAACUAUGUAGGUGCUACUUCAACAGCACCUAGUGAAGUUCAAACAACUUCCACAACAGCUGGUUCUCAAUUCUCACUAUCAAAUAUACUAGAAGAGAAACUUGCUAAGUUGGAAAAUGAUGCUCUUAUUGAGUUUGAGAAGAAAAUGGUGAAACCAGCAGUUGUGUUUCAGGCAUCUGAUCUCGUGGUCAUAAUUAGUUUUUGGAGCUUUUAUGUGAUGCUAGAUCAUCUUGCUCUAUCUGUUAAGCCUGGUGGGAAGCUAAUGAGCCCAGUUGCUGAAAUUGCAAUCUACACAAUUGACGACACCAGUAGAAAGACUGUCAAAUGUGUUCUACUUUUACGAGUCUUGGAGGGCAACCUAACUACGACACAGGUCUCACGUGUAUUUUGGCUUCCAGAUAACCAUUUAGACCAUCGUCAAAUGGUGAGGAUCCCUGUGCUUCAGUCACUUGGAGAUGGAAAAUCUGCAACAAAAGUAGGACACUACUUUUUGCUUGUCCUGAACCUACGAAACCAAAGGUUUGAGGUGUUAGACUCAAUGAGAACUCUGGAAGAUGAAGUUGUCUUCAAGUGCUGCAACACCUUGAUAGGGGCAAUCAAAGAACUUUGGACCAAACAUGGUUAUGAGGCAAAGAAGCCCAUAUGCAAUUAUGAACUUGUUGAUAUUGGUGUUCCAAUCCAGUCCAACAAUCAUGAUUGUGGUUUCCAUAUGUUGAUGCAUGCUGAACAUUGGGAUGGACGUUCAAUGCAAUAUUUCAAGGAGAGUGACAUCCCUAAUAUACGCAAGCUUCUACUGUAUAAGUGGCUAACUCACAAAGAUAAUGUUGUGCAGAAUUGGAAAGACAGACUGCAUUUAUAA